AUGACCGAUUAUAAUGAACCGUCAAGUAGCGACACUGAGGAGAUCAUUUUCCCCAUGACUGAAUAUGGAACUGAAGAAGCUGAGUUCCACAUUCGGAACAACUCUGCGAACCCAUUCCAACGAGCUCAGGUCAUUCAAAGAAUCGGCCAUGGCGUUACUAUACAAUGUAACCUAAUUGAUGUCGUUCACGGCGCUAUAGCGACGGACAGCGAUUACUGGGCUACGAUCCUAGUUUUCCAGUUCAGGUUCGAUCCUGAGAAGAAAGCCCGCCGCAUCGCUCGAGCAACGAUUGACUUGACCUUCGAUUGUACGGAAGUCGAUGCAAGGAUUCCAGAGGUUGACGCCAUCUCUUUUGACGGAAAUUACAGCUUCUCACCCAGCAAGGAAACCAUGACUGUUACCAAAGGCGGAGAAGGUAGUAUUGGCGCCAGUUUUGGGGCCAAUCUCAACACCUCUCUUAAAUGGGAGAGGACUGUUGGUCAUGAGAAAAGCCAUGCUGCCACUAUUAGUGGUAGAAAGACUUGGGAUGACAAGGUUGGCUUAACGCGAACCGCCCAAUGGACGUUGCUGGAGAAUGACAGCCAGAAGAAGGGCGUCCCUACCUCUAUUCAACUUGCUGUCAGAGUAAAGAGGAUGGAUGAAGCCGUGUUCUCUUGUCAUGUGAACCUGAUAUGCAAAGCGGACAGACGGACAGCGAUGCAAAACUUCUUUGGUGGAUCGCCGGAAGACGACCCUAUUUUGCUGAAGCCUACAAAGCCGUCUAAAAAUCGGCUGAUGAAGUACGAUGUCGAAGAGCUUGGAGCUGUAAACUUGGACCAAUUGGGCGCUGUUAUUCCUACGACAAUGCUACCGGACGCGCAGUAG